GAGACCAAAAUAAACGAAGAUGUCAUUCGAAAGGAUAAAAGCAACUUGUAACUGUACCAGCUAGUGUUAGCCUGGAUUUUACCCGUAGAUCAGGCCAAGUCAUGGCUAUCCUAGCCUCUGUGAUAGCAUUUGUAUCGACAAAUGCGCUAUCUUUGGUCUUAGCGCUAAGUAUUUGUGUGAUACUUUAUGCUUAUUUUGUGUAUCCCUAUCUCCGUUCAACGAUGAUAGCAACAACAGGCGAUCUGCCUGGUCCAACGGCGUUACCAUUUAUUGCCCAUUUGCAUGACUUGAUUCGGCACAAAGGACAGAUUCUCAAGCAGUUUCAAGAGUACCGUAAGAAGUAUGGCAGACUUUACGCCAUGUUUCUUGUUGGUAAGAAGCCCUGUGUGGUUGUGGCGGAUCCCGAGAUUGUCAAGCAUAUUAUGGUGAAAGAAUUUAGCUCUUUUCGGGAUAGACCGUCAUUUGUCAUGGAGCAACCAGAGCCAUUUGACAGCAUGAUGACAAUUGCCAAGUAUGAAAAAUGGCAUCGCAUCCGCAACACUUUAUCACCCGCCUUCAGUGCCCAUAAGAUGAAGCUCAUGGUACCUUUGAUCAACUCUUCGUGCGAUGUGCUUAUAAACAAGCUAACUAAGGUUGCUGAAAGUGGAGAGUCAUUUUUCACCCAUAAGUUUCAUCAGGGUCUAACCAUGGACACUAUCCUAAAAACAGCUUUUGGAAUCCAGUCGGAGGCGCAGACUAAUUACGAUGAUCCAGCCUUCAAAGCAGCAAGAAAGUCUCUUAGUACUUCAACAACACGCAGAGUUAUCGUGACACUUUUAUUUCUCAUGCCUUUCAAAAAUUACAUCUUUAAAGCCUUUCCAUCACUUGUCAUUGGCAACUUUGAGGGCUUACUGGAGAUGACAAAGAUGAUUGUUGAAGUGAAAAAAUCAAAUCUACAUAAUGAGGCGAAGGACAUGCUUGAUUUAAUGUUGAGUGCCGCUGCAAAUGAGAACACGUCCAAGAAGCUUUCUGACAUGGAAGUCUUGGCACAAAGUUUGAUCUUCCUGAUAGCAGGCUAUGAGACCACCAACAUCACCCUGUCCUUUGUGGCAUACUCACUGGCCACCAACCCCGAAGUCCAGGAAAAGUUACAACGAGAGAUUGACAGCGUGUGGACAGAGGAAGAUGAAAUGCCGUCAUACGACACAGUGCACAAUCUGCCAUAUUUGGACAUGGUCAUCUCAGAGACUCUCCGCUUGUACCCACCAGGUUUUGUGGCAUCUCGGGAGUGCACCCAAGACUGUGUCAUCAAGGGCUACAGAUUCCGCAAAGGUCUCCCCAUCUUUAUCGACGCUUACAGCAUGCAUCACGACCCCGAGUUCUGGACGGAUCCUGAGCGCUUCGACCCCGAGCGCUUCAGCAGCGAGGCUAAUCAGUCACGUGACCCUUACUCUUACCUUCCUUUUGGGCAUGGCCCGCAUAACUGCGUUGGAAUGAGGUUUGCCCAAAUGGAAAUGAAGCUGGCUCUUGUCAGAGUCCUGAAGAAGUUCAGCUACGUGGCGACCGCUGAUACCCCGGCAUCUCCACCAGUUGUCGUCAGAGCGCUUCUCGGAUGCGACGAAAACAUGCGGCUGGGGAUAAAGUUUAGGGAUUGAAGUUACCAGUAUAUGAUAUUCAAUGAACAUAUGCUUUGGAAAUCGGCUGAUUUUACCUAUUCAAAACGCACUAUUACCGUCUUUUUAUGAUUAUCCUCGCACUACUAGUUCCAUUUAGAAACUUUUUCUAUUCAAAUACACACAUAAAAUUAACCAUCUUGUCAUAUGAGCAGGAUGGGGUCCGGGGACGGCCAGCCUUGCUAACAUGAAACACAGGUAAAGCCGAGUGGAGACUGGGCAGACGAGUCGGAAGUCAAGGUGGCGCGUAAUUUUCAUACUUUGCUCAAAUCUACAAGAAACUUGUCAAAUUGGCCACGCUUUAUUAAAUGCAGUCAAAAGAUAAUACAUUUUUCAAGUUUCAUGCUUAUCUUUGACCGCUUUUUAAUAAGUUUUAGUCAUAUAUUGUUUGAAGCAAUGAACAAAAUAAGGUUCUGUCUCUCACAAGUUGCUAGCGAUAUAAAUUGUUAAAUUCCGUUUCCAAAUACCCCUGUCUUCAAACUAAUUCUUACUUCGGACAAAUAAACUUUACGCAAUAUU